AUGAUAGACCACGUCCUUGGGAGACCUUCGACCAAGUCACGGCGACUCCAAAUACUAGCCGUCUUGACGUUCUGGACAAUCUACCUGUCAAAAGGGAACAAGCAUGGCCCACCCGGGCUUCGCUACCUGUCGAAGCUGCUCACCAAGCGGCUCACGGCUUGGCAGACGAUCGUCAUUACCAUGGCAUACCUGUAUGCGGCUCGCAACUUCAGCACGUUGGUGGGACUGUCGGCCCCCGAGCCACUAGCCAAUAUGUACGAGGCCACAUACUUCAGAGCUACGUGGGUUCUUACGGCUCUCGACGCCGGCUUCUGGACCGCCAUGAAGAUUCGUAACAAGUGGUUGAGGAAUAUAUGCAGCAUCGUCUUCACCGUUUUUUACUUGUUCCAGGCCGAAGCGGCAGACGAACGGGUUCGAAAGGUUCGCAGCAAUUUAAAUAUUGAUUACCUCAGGGUCAGCUGGAACAAGGGUGUCACCCCUUACCUAUCCUUCCUUACGAGGCUCAUGAGACCGCGUUACACCCGCUGGCCCCCUCGGCAGAUCAGGAUCCCGCGACCUUCUACCAGCGACUUCCAGGAGCCUGUGUCUGGCUGGCUUUAUUUCGAUGGGCCCUUGGCAGACUUGGUGCAUCAUAACCGCAUUGUGCUUGACAUACCCGGUGGUGGAUUCGUAGCCAUGGACCCACGGUGCAAUGACGACAGGCUGCUGGCUUGGGCUGGCAAGACUGGGCUACCAAUACUCAGCCUUGACUACGGCAAGGCGCCCGAGUUUCCGUAUCCAUAUGCGUUGAACGAGUGCUACGACGUUUACACUACCAUAAUCAACAGCAAGGGGCGCUGUAUCGGAAUGUCUGGCGCCGAGGUCCCUAGGGUCAUCAUUACUGGCGACAGUGCCGGCGGCAAUCUCGCCACCUCGACGACGCUCAUGAUCAUUGAGAGUGGAAGUUCGCCCGUACGCCGUUUUCAAGGUCAGACCGACCUGCCACUACCUGACGCUGUGGUUCUCUUCUAUCCUGGCCUUGAUAUGAACAUUGGCAAUUGGAUGUCGGACGAGCAGAUGACUUUGAUGAAGGACCGGCGCAUGCGUGGGACUAACCGCAGGGUUGUCCACCGAAAGAGCAUGCAGUACAACCACUUGGUUGGCACACCACACCACUCCAGCGACGAGGAUGAAUGCGGCCCCUCGGAUCAGAUACAGCAACGAAACACAGGGCAGCCUACCAUUAAGAUCGAUACAGACGUGGAUGACGACGCAACCCCGACCGGGCCCGACGACUCGCGCAGUCCACACCCGGAGUUCGCCCACGAAGGGCCCAGCACCUGGAGUAAGCGCCAAUCUCGACCAAACUCCGAGCCACAGUCGCCGGAGAACACGCAGCGCAAGAAGCAGAGCACAUCGCAUCAUUCGGAAACAAUGCGCACGCGACUUGCCACGUCAUCCAUGAUCUCGUACUUCAACGAUCGUAUCCUGACGCCCGAAAUGAUGCGUGCCAUGAUCAUUUUAUACAUUGGACCGCACAACCGACCCGACUUCUCGACCGAUUACCUUCUUUCUCCCGUUCUUGCGCCCGAUGUUCUGCUGGCUAAGUUCCCCAAGACCUACUUCUUGACUGGCGAACGCGACCCUCUCGUCGACGACACAGUCAUAUUCUCUGGCCGUCUCCGCCGAGUCAAAGCUGCUGUUUAUGCAUCUGGUGGACGCAGGUUCGAAUAUCAAGACACCGACAGCCUAGCGCCCGGUUUCAACGAGAAAGACGUAGCCGAGACGGUGCUCAUCCCCGGGAUAUCACACGGCUUCAUGCAGUUCCCCAGCAUCUAUCCACCCGCUCGCAAAUGGAUUGAUCAGUCGGCCAGGUGGAUCGAGGAGGCGUUUGCGGCGGCAGAAUUGCGCGAGCGGGAAAGCCGCAGGAACUCGAUUGCCACGCCCAACAGCGGGCUGCGUAUAACCAAUGGCGAGGGCCGGGGUCAUCACAGUCGGGCCGAUAGCAGCGGGGACGAGUUUGACAAGCCGCUCGAAAUGACUGUUGUACGGCCACGGGGCCGCACUACGAGCAGCGGGAGCGGUGGUGCCGACCGUCGGUUAUAUCAUCGCCAACAGCAGGAACGACACCAGCGGCCGAGGGGAAAUAGCGACAGCGCUCAGCUCCAGCCGCAAGAGGGCGGUUCCUCAUUGGGUGGUAACAUUCUGGGGCCCGCUAAUGGGACCAGUAAUGGGAACGGAGGCAAGCGCAGGAGGGGGAAUGGUGCAAGGAAGGAAUACAAGGAUGGAAAUCUUAGCCGAUUGGCAAGUUCGGAUGAUUUGCUAGGGAGGAGAAUGCAAGGCCUUGCUGGAGGCUUGACGGGAUUGAUUGAGGAGGAAUGA